AUGGAAGCUAAGAUUGAUGCAACAAUAGAUGAAGUCAUUUCAAAAGUGCACAAGAAAGAGUCAAAGAAGCAGUCUGCUGCUGCUGCUGCAACACAUAGUAAAAAGUAUAAGGGAAACAAAAGGCUGAUAGAUGUUACAAACAGGUCAAAAGUAAACAGAGAACUUGCUAAUAUACUAAUGGAUGUGGAACCAAAACCAAAAAUCGCCUUCACAUCUAGAACUAUACACGAAGAACGACAAGUAUUCUUUGACAUUUAUCACCAUGGAGUUGAUGAUGAAGACAUUAAUUAUCUUAAAAGAACUUAUGAUUCUCUGAUGCAGUCAGAAGAUCCUAUGUUUUAUUGGCUAAAUGACAUUUUAUGGGUAGACCAUCCUCACACUUGCAUUCCAGACCCACCUAAGAAAAGGAGACGAGUUGUUGAUAAAGUUCAUAUACACAAGACAGGCUGUGCUCGAACUGAGGGCUACUAUAAAAUAUCACUGGAAGAGAAGAUGUUAUAUUUAAGUAAUACCAAAAAUCUGGCCAUCCAACAACAGAAAGCAGUAGAAACUGAAAAACAGGAAGAUGUUAAGAAGAAACAACAGUCAUCAAGAGAAGUCCGCAAUGAGAACCGUCGUUUACAGGCAGCUAUUGCUCUCUUCCAGGAGAAUUUAGAAGUCAGUGAUCUACUCAAAUUUAAUCAACUCAAGUUUCGUAAGAAGCAACUGAGGUUUGCAAAAUCGGGCAUUCAUGAUUGGGGUUUGUUUGCCAUGGAACCUGUUGCAGCAGAUGAGAUGGUCAUUGAGUAUGUAGGGCAAGCAAUCAGACAACCAAUUGCAGACUUGCGCGAGAAGUAUUAUGAACAGACUGGCAUAGGAAGUUCAUACCUGUUUCGAGUUGACAAUGAGACAAUCAUAGAUGCUACAAAGUGUGGAAACUUGGCCAGGUUUAUAAAUCACAGCUGUAAUCCAAACUGCUAUGCAAAGAUCAUCACUGUUGAUGGACAGAAAAAGAUUGUUAUAUAUUCAAAAAGAGACAUUGAUGUCAAUGAGGAGAUUACUUAUGAUUAUAAAUUCCCAUUUGAAGAAGUUAAAAUCCCAUGUUUGUGUGGAGCUCAAGGAUGUAGAGGUUAUCUCAAUUAA